AUGUCCCCAGUUCUGCAGUCAUCCCACUUCCCUCGAUGUUGCUUAGAAGCAGAUGAAGGCUCUGUCAGUCGUCAUUUUGCUGCCCCUAUUGACUCCGCACGUGUUCGGUUUCAGUACCUUAGACAGCUACCUGAUGGCUUCCUGGUAGGCGGGAACAGCCUCUUCCCUUCCCAUCCUUCCGCUACAGUCGGUCGGCUUAACAACACCCUGGACAGUAUCCCUUCCUUCUCCACUGCCGCCAAAGUAAACAUUGUGGGAACGGGAUCACUGAAACCACUAAAAAAAGAAUGUUACAGGGAUAGCAAUAUUAAGUGUCUGCCUCUGGUAGUAGAAUAUAGGUGA